AUGCCCGCGACCGCCGCUCGCGUCGACGCGCGCCUCGCGCGCCCCUCUCGCGCGCGAUCGACGCGCGCGCGACGCGCGUCGACGCGCCGCGCCGUCGCGGACGCGGACGCGCGCGGGACGACGACGUUCGACCCGGCGUCGACGCUGCGACACGCGCGCGUGGACGUCGGCGCGCACGGGCGCGGACUGUUCGUCACCGGCACCGGAAGCGCGCUGGUGAGCGUCGCGAUCGACGCACUGGUGUGCGCGCCGGCGGCGGUCGGGGAGGGCGCGGAGGGACGCGCGGCGACGGCGAUUCGCGAGACGUAUCGGGAGGGCUGGCGAAGACAUUUCGGCGUGGACGUGCCGGAGUGCCUGAUUGAAUUCGUGAUAUCGGCGCCGUUCGCGAAGGACGUGCGAUUGGCGGCGAUGCUGGCGUGGGCGGUGAAGAACGCGGAGGCGUGGCGGGCGUACGGCGCGGAGGUGGUGCCGGCGGCGUUCGAUUGCGGGUACUUGGCGAACGAGGAGGAGUUGGAGAUGUUGCAAGACGCUGAGAUACGCGUCAUGGCCGAACGCUCGAAGGCUGGGUACGAAGCGACUUGGAACGCCGCGAUGGAGGCGUUUCCGGACGUGAAAGCCGCGCUGGGGACGUCGAGCGAAGACGAACUCCGAUGGUGUCGCUCGUGGGUGCACACGCGAGCGAUUAGCGGUAAACUGGGCGACGCGGAUUGCGCGUUCUUGGCGCCGACGAUCGAUUUGGCGAAUCACAGAGUGGAAUCUACGGCAAAGUAUGGCGUCAGCGCGGAUGGUAAGAACUUCGAGCUCACGUGGAACGAAGAUUCAAUCGAGGGCCCGACGCCGGUGGCGAACACCGAGGUUUUCAUCUCGUACGGCGACAGAAUGAACAACGCCUUGCUCAUGCUUCACUACGGUUUCAUCGACGAUGAAAAUCGUAACGAACGAUUGCCCAUGGAAUUUAUCGCCCCGGGCGCUCGACGUGUGCACGGAUCUCGCGUUGCCGACGCAUGCAAAGCCCUCGACGACGCCGGCGACAAAGCCGCCGCGCUCGCGGGUUCCAAUCUCCUCAUGGUCGCCUCGCGCGGUCCGCCCCCGGGCGUCGCUGACGCCCCAGCUCCCCCAGAAACCGACCCUGAAGUCAUUCAAGCCUUACGUCAGGCCGUUGAUUCGUACUUAUCCGCCUGUCCGACGACACUGGCCGAGGACGAAGCCUUAUUAGCUUCCGCCGAAGCCGCGUCGCUCUCGCCUCGCGCGCUGCUCGCCGUGCGCUACCGCGCCUCGCGCAAGCGCGCCGCCGAGGCCUACCUCCGAUUUUUAUCCAUUUUGAAAUAA